AUGGCCGAAGUCGGCGAGGACAGCGGGGCCCGCGCCCUCCUGGCGCUGCGCUCGGCGCCCUGCAGCCCCGUGCUGUGCGCCGCGGCCGCCGCGGCCGCCGCCUUCCCCGCCGCCGCCGCGCCCGCCGCGCCGCCGCCGCCGCCGCCCGGGCCCGCCGCCCCGUCGCCGCCGCCGCCCGCCCAGCCCCCGCCGCCGCCGCCGCCGCCGCCGCCGCCGCCGCCGCCCGGCGCGGCCGCCGCGGGCCCGGGGGGCGCCGAGGCCGAGGCGGGCGGCGCGGGCGGCGCGGCGGGCGAGGCCCUGGUGGCCGCCGCGGCCGCCUCGGUGCGCCGCAGCCCCGGGCCCGCGCUGGCGCGCCUGGAGGGCCGCGAGUUCGAGUUCCUCAUGCGCCAGCCCAGCGUCACCAUCGGCCGCAACUCGUCGCAGGGCUCGGUGGACCUGAGCAUGGGCCUGUCGAGCUUCAUCUCGCGGCGCCACCUGCAGCUCAGCUUCCAGGAGCCGCACUUCUACCUGCGCUGCCUCGGCAAGAACGGCGUCUUCGUGGACGGGGCCUUCCAGCGCCGCGGCGCGCCCGCCCUGCAGCUGCCCCGCCAGUGCACUUUCCGGUUCCCCAGUACAGCCAUCAAGAUUCAAUUCACAUCACUGCUGCAACAGGAAGAGGCCCCGGCAUCACCCCUCCGGCCACUGUACCCUCAGAUCUCCCCUCUGAAGAUCCAUAUUCCGGAGCCGGACCUCCGGAGUUUGGUCAGCCCCGUCCCAUCCCCAACCGGCACCAUCAGUGUUCCCAACUCCUGCCCGGCCAGUCCACGGGGAGCUGGAUCCUCCGGCUACCGCUUUGUCCAGAAUGUGACCUCAGACCUGCAGUUGGCAGCAGAAUUCGCCGCCAAGGCUGCCUCAGAGCAGCAGGCAGACACGUCUGGAGGGGACAGCCCCAAGGAUGAAUCAAAGCCGCCGUACUCAUACGCUCAGCUGAUUGUGCAGGCCAUCUCCUCCGCACAGGACAGGCAGCUAACACUAAGCGGCAUCUAUGCCCACAUCACCAAGCAUUACCCAUAUUACAGGACGGCUGACAAAGGCUGGCAGAAUUCUAUCCGACACAACCUCUCUUUGAACCGUUACUUUAUUAAAGUCCCCCGUUCUCAGGAGGAACCUGGGAAGGGGUCUUUUUGGCGAAUCGACCCUGCCUCAGAGGCCAAACUUGUGGAGCAGGCAUUCCGAAAACGGAGACAGCGCGGUGUUUCCUGCUUCCGGACCCCUUUUGGACCUCUGUCAUCACGGAGUGCUCCAGCCUCACCCACUCACCCUGGGCUAAUGUCCCCUCGUUCUAGUGGCCUGCAGACUCCAGAGUGCCUGUCUCGGGAGGGCUCACCCAUUCCACAUGACCCUGACUUUGGGUCAAAGUUAGCUUCUGUUCCAGAGUAUCGCUAUUCCCAAAGUGCACCUGGCUCUCCCGUCAGUGCCCAGCCAGUGAUCAUGGCUGUGCCUCCCCGACCUCCCAGUUUAGUGGCCAAGCCCGUUGCCUACAUGCCUGCCUCAAUAGUGACAGCUCAGCAGCCCUCUGGCCACGCCAUCCACGUGGUGCAGCAGGCCCCACCUGUCACCAUGCUCAGGGUGGUCACCACCUCCGCCAGCUCUGCCAACGGAUACAUCCUCACCAGCCAGGCUUCAGCAGGGGGCACCCACGAAGCAGCAGGCACAGCCGUGUUGGACCUGGGCAGUGAGGCCAGAGGCUUGGAAGAGAAAACCACCAUUGCAUUCGCCACCAUCCCUGCCACCAGCCGGGUUAUCCAGACAGUGGCCAGCCAGAUGGCCCCAGGAGUCCCCGGACACACAGUCACCAUUCUGCAACCAGCCACCCCAGUGACCAUCGGGCAGCACCAUCUUCCAGUCCGGGCCGUCACGCAGAAUGGGAAGCACGCCGUCCCCACUAACAGUUUAGCCGGCAGCGCUUACGCCCUCACCAGCCCCCUGCAGCUCCUUGCAGCCCAGGCUAGUUCAUCCACUCCAGUGGUGGUCACCCGGGUGUGUGAGGUGGGGCCUGAGGAGCCAGCGGCAGCAGUAGCAUCAGCAGUCACCACCACCACCACCCCAGCCACUGCCAGCACCACCUCCACCUCUGCCUCUUCCACCGGGGAGCCCGAGGUCAAGCGGUCCCGAGUGGAGGAGCCCAGUGGAACUGUGACCACGCAGGCUGGGGUAAUCACAGCUGCUGGCCCGCAGGCUCCGGGCUCCGGGGAAUGAAGUCACCUGCGUGUAGGUGGAGCAGGACGCAUGCCGCAAGAAUUCUGGAGCUGGAUCGCAAUGCUGACAGCGCUGCCGCUCCUGGAUGUGGGGAGAAAACUCCACGCUGCGGAAGCACGGUGCCAAACAGACAGGAUGGCCUCCAUCUACCUGCACCUGGACACACUCAUCCUCCUUUCCAUUCUCUCUCCUGCCCCUGCUCUGGUUCCAAACAAAACAUAUAAACAAGUUCAGACAGCUGAUUGUAUGAUUCUGGGAAUUCUUUGUUUUUAUUUCCUUCUCCCUUAGCACACCAUCUUCUCUCCCCAGGCCUGUGUCAAGGGCAUGGGAGAAGGUCUAGCAGCGUCUCAAGGAAUGUAUCACAGCAGACCUGGCCACACGCAGAGGCAAAAAUCUGGAGCAAACUGCUUCCCUGGGAGGACCAACAGACAUACAGCCUGGGACACACGGGCCCUCCGCAAGAAAGGACAGGACCAGGGAUAAAUCCCCAUUUGUGAUCAAUUUGAACAGGCCAGAGAAAGACAAGAACGGCCGAAUUUCAGACUGUUUCAUGGUGUUUUCUCCCUAAAAGUGACAGAAAAUAUUGGCAUUAAUCAGGGGAGGGGGGUUCAGUUUGGCUUUGCACCCCAAGCGUGUCUUGUUUAAAUGUGGAGCCUGGGAGUCACAUCAAACUGAGACAAAAAAGGAAUCAUCUGUCUUUGGGGUUUUCAUCUGUGGACGGUGUAACACGUUGGGUCUGGGAUUCCUUCAAGAGUAAAUCUGCCGCUCUGUCUGUUAACUUCAAGAAAGAUUGACGGCUUGAGGCAGAAAACUGUGAAAGAGCAGCUGGGAGCCAGCGUCCCCCCUGCAGUGCUGGCUGUGCCCAGAUUGCAGGGCCGUGGAACUGCAGGCUGGUGCUCCUGGUGGCUGAGGGUGGGCAGGGGGACCUUCACACCCAUGUUUCUCCCAAAACAGUAGGACCUGCCCCGUGUUCUCUGCUUCUGAUGCCCUGGUGCCAGCAUACCACUCUCGGGAUCCGUGCUGAGUGUCGGCUGCUCAUGCCGCUUUCUCAUCUGGUUCGUUGUCUUCACCACCCAAAACCCAUCUGCUGUUUUAAAUUGGAACUAAUUCUCCUGCCGGCAGCACCAGUGGCUCUGAGGUAGGUCAGCAGCAGCUGGGAGCAGGCUGUUCUCCCACCCCCAGCUCCUGCUGACUCUGUCGAUCUUGUCUCCUGGGGUGGGGGGACCACCUUUGUGCACAGAUGCCCAGCACCAUCGGCAGCUGUCACCAGGCAAGAGGUGCAUGGGACCAUCUGAUGUGCAGCCCAAGUUGGGGGUCUCACUGCUCCUGGAGAACAUUCUCAGGAAAUGCUAAGAUCACCUCUGUGAAGUUAUGGUGCACCUGGCCGGAAGCCUGGGCAUUGGUUUGGUGGUGGACACAACUGAAAAACAGCAAGCUGCAUGGAGCUCGAGAGUCAUAGAGACAAUGGUUUUAGCCUCUUACCAGCAAAGCUGCUUCCUCAACCCGAGGGAACCUCAGUCUCGGUAAAAUCUGAGGGGAAGGGCACAGGCUGCAAGACCACCCUGGCCAACAGCACUAGCUCAAAACCGGGGGGGGGG